AUGGGUGAGUGGGAACGGGUGUUCCGGCAGCACCUGCCGCUGCCGCCGCACCCGCAGCGGGCCCGGGCCCGGCCCCCGCCCCGCUCCACCGCGUUCCGCUGCGUCCUCAAGUACCUGCACGGCGCUGCCCUCUCCCAGGGAACCAAGUACCAGCUGCGCCUCUCCCUUUUUGAUGCCACCUACCACCACUUCUUUGGGAAGACGUGGAGGAGCAGCUGGCGAGCUGCCAGCGCUGCCCCACCGCGCUCAGCCAGGGCGACGUUCAAUGAGGUUGUUUAUUUCCACACCUCCUUGAACCACCCUGGCAUUGCUGCUGUUGUGGAAGUGGUAAUGACAGCUGGGAAAGGGGAUGGGAGCUCUCAGCAUCUUUCCUGCGGCUUUGGAACCAUCCCCCUCUUUCAUGGCGGGUCAGAGGUGACAAACCCAGCCACUGAGGACAGAGCGCUGAAGCUGUACCAUGGGACGCCACGUGCCUUACUGCACCCACGCUUCCAGGACCCUGUGGAAAAGAAUAAAUACAUGACAGUAAUGGAGAAGAGCCACCUGCAGUAUGCCCUGAAGUCCCACCAGCCCCUGGAGGCAAUAUUUCACCUCCUUCCUGAAAACCUGCUGAUAUCUGGGCUGCAGACUGUUCCUGGUUUGCUGCCGGCACGUGGAGAUGCAAAUGACUGCUUGCAGAAGCCCCGGCUGAUGAAGACUGUCACCUGCUAUCUGGAGCGGCUUUUCAUCCGGUUGUACCCUUCCCUGGAGGAGUUUGAGGAGGAGCUGUUGGAUUUACUGAACAGCGAUCGCUUACUUCAGGCUAACACGGCUCCAGAUGGUGAAGAGGUGGUGGUUCGGGAGCGGCGGCUGCACAUUGGUGUCCACAAUGGCCUGCGCUUCGUCCGGGCACCGCAGGUUGUCGUGCUGGUUCCAGACGUGGAAUUGUCACCAGGUGGCUGCCAGAGGGUGCCCAGCUCUGGAGCCAGGGGUGCAGGUCAAGCCCUUGUGCUGAGGAGCCGCAUCCAGCUGAGUGAAAUGGUUCCUCACCCAGCUUUCGAGGUCUGCUUCCAGCUGGAAUAUGUCUUCUGCAGCAUGGGGAGAGCUGGUGGGAAGGCCCUGUCCGGCAGUGCCCGCAGUGAGGUGGCUGACAUGCGCUCGGUGCGCUGGGCUGUCUGGAGCCCUGUUCCGGGCACCGGUGACACGGACGUGGUCCUGCCCCUGCGUGGUGGCGCUCGCCGUGGCCCCUACCAAACCUUGGUCUACCGGACCCCACUGAACUCCCAGCAGGGGAAGCACGUGGAGUCUGGGACUGUCCAAUUCCAUGUUUCCACUGAUUCGGAAGAACAUCUUGUAACUGCUGCGGAGAUCCUAUGUAAAGACAGGGACGAGUUGAAGCAGCCUCCUACGCCAUCGCUGAGAGUGUCAACCCCACGGCGAGUGCCAGUCUCCCCACGGAGACCAGGGCUGUCGGUGUCCCAGCUCGUGGCCUCACCACGGGACACAGGCCAGACCCUGCAGCAGGAUGGGGGCAUCACCCACCUGGAGGCCAACCUGGGCUCGCCGGAUGCAGAGCCCUGUGCCAGUGACCAGCUGCAGGCGCUACCCUUCACCCCACUGCAGCUGCCCAUGGCUCCUGUGGGACUGCAGGCAUGCAGUUCCCAUGUGUCCCUCUCUCGUGCUGCGCUGGCACGCCUGCACGCUGCUGGAGUUCCAGACAUCCUGGACCGCAACCAGGAGCCAGUGGAAAUCUCAGAGCCAGUGGAGCUGGGCAGCUUCAACCUGCGGCUGGAGGAAGCUGACCCUCUGCAAGGCAAUGAAAUAAUCCUGCAGUUCCUGGCUUUUGGCAGGGAUGCCCAGGGCAGUGCGGAGGGGCUGUGGCCGAGGACUGUCUUCCUCACCUUCCAGUUCUACCGUUUCCCACCAGUCACCACACCCCGGCUGCAGCUGGUCAGCACAGACGGGGGGCUGGCUGCCGGGCUGGCUGUGCCAGCGCAGCUCCUUGUCCGUGUCAAUGAGGAUGGGACCCUAAACAGACCACCAGGCUUGCAGCUGAAGUACAUGGUGGAUCCAGCUUUCCUGCGGCCUGGGGAGCAGCGCUGGUUCCUGCGGUACCUGGCAGAGCACAGCCUCCAGGUUGACAUCUGGGAUGGAGACUCCCUGCUCCAUGUUGGGUCUGCUGCCAUUAAACUGGAGCCCCUGCUGCGCCAGGGCCAGGUGGCCGUCAGGACCUACCACGAGCUGGAGGUGGCCACGACUGAGUACGAGCCUGACGGGACGGUGAUGGGCCGGGAGGCUUUGCGGCACGGCGCCCUGCGGCCCCUCGGUGUCCGUGUGGCUGUGAGGGGCCGCCUCCACCUCUGCCUGGCCAAUGUUGGUCACCCAUGUGAGGAGACCCCAGGGCAGCUGCCAUCCCACUCCCGCAUUGUCACUGCACCAGACAGCACUGUCAUCACCCCAGGUGUUAACUGGUGCUCCCUGAACACUCCUGGUGGCAGGCGGACAGCAUGGGCACGGAGGCUGGUGGAUGUGGACAGUGAGCUGGAGGCCGCGCUGCGCAGUCGCCGGCCAGAAGGCUGGCCAAAGCAGCAUGCCUGGGACCUGCAGGUCAUCGAUGCCUACCGGGAUCAUAUCAAGGGAGAGAGCAUCUACCAGAUGCUCAGCCAGGCCAUCACAGCCACCCACACUGUCCAUGCUGUGCUGGGGACAGCUGAGUUCUUCGAGUUCGCCUUGAAGAACCCAUACGGCAUCCAGCACACCGUGACCAUCGAUGUCGACAACCCUGAGCUCAGUGUCAUACUGGACCCAAGGGAGUGGCGUCACUUCAAGGAGCUGACAAAGAGUGUUACACCGGUGGAAGAGGAUAUGUUCCAUCUCAGUGAUGACCUCAAGCCUCAGGUCUACCUGCGCCCCAGUGAGACUGUCCACAUCCCCUUCAAAUACCAGACCUUCUCUGCAGACCCCGCUGUGGUUGCAGCACAGGGGCCGGCUGGGCUGGGCACUGGUGCCAGUGAGAAUGCUCACUCCCUUGGGAAGAGUGGGGCCAAGCAGUCAAAGCUCAUCCAGGUCUCCUUCCAGGUGAGCGGGGGAAAGCCCAUUGCACUCCUGCGGGUGAAAGUGGAGCCACAGCCCCAUGUGGUGGACCAGACCUUCCGCUUCUACCACCCAGAGCUCACCUUCCUGAAGAAAACCAUUAGGCUGCCUCCCUGGCACACCCUCCCUGGCACGCCUGUGGGGGUGUCGGGCGGGCAGCCUGAGAUGUUUGUUCGCUGCAGUGACCCCGACAUAAUUUGUGAAACCAAAUCCUUGGGGCCUGGUGAGCCACAGGACAUCUUCCUCAAAGUAGCCGGAGGACCAAGCCCGCAGAUCAAAAAAUUCUUUGUUGCUAUUUAUACGGACGCCUGGCUGGCAGCACCUGUCCAGAUCUGGCAGUUCUACCUGCACUCGCUGCAGCGCCUGGACGUCGCCUGCACGGCCGGGCAGCUCACUCGCCUCUCCCUGCUGCUGCGUGGCACUGCAGCCCCACGGAGGGUGCAGGCCUUCACCUCCCACCCCCAGGAGCUGGAGGUGGAUCCCAGCAGUGCCUUCCUCCUCCCUGCCAAUGGCAUUCAGGACCUAUACAUCGGUGUGAGGCCACGGCGGGCUGGGAGCAAGUUCAUCUACCUCAACCUGGUGGAUGUGGAGUCCCACCAGCUGGUGUCCUCCUGGCUGCUCUGCCUGUCCUGCAGGCAGCCUCUCAUCUCCAAGGCCUUUGAGAUCUCUCUGCCUGCGGGAGGUGGGAAAGGCUGCAACAAGCGCAUCACCUACACCAACCCCUACCCCUCACCCCGGCUCUACUUCCUAUGCACCAACCGCCCCGACCUGCUGCAGUUCAAGGAAGAUUCCUUCGAGGUGGCCGGAGGGGAGGUGUACACCAUAGGUCUGCGCUUCGCCCCGAGCCAGACUGUGGGGGAGGAGGAGAUCCUGAUUCACAUCAAUGACCACGAGGACAAGAACGAGGAGACAUUCUGCGUGAAGGUCCUGUACCAGUGAGGCAGCCUGCCCGUCACUGCAAAGCUGCAGGUUCCUGUGCCAGCCCAGCAGCUUCAUCAGCACCGCCUCAGGGGUGCCUGUGUCUGUCUGAGGGUGGUCAUGACCCCUGUCCCCAGGCUGUCACCUUGCCAGGCUGGUGUCUGUGUCAAUGGGAUCCCCAGGCGUUGCUGUGAGUGCUGGUGCUGCCGUGUAGCUCCAUCCACACAAAAUGAGAUGAGUGGAUGUGUUUGUUAUGGCACUUUGUGACUGCAGGAUCUGUAUUUUUAAGUGUGAUGAUAUUUUAGGCACUUUGAAUCUUUUUUUAACUUGAAAAGUUUGCAGAUUUGAUUCUGCGGAGUAUUUUUAAAGUAUUUUGUAUUCAACGGUGAGUUUUGUACACAUUAAGGCAGUUCUAUGGGAGUUUUGAUACUUUUUACUCAU